CAAACCUUUCAGGACAACUGCGCAGAAGCUGAGAUUGUCAUUGCAAAAACACAGGCGUUUAUCUGCGAACUUCCUGAGCUUGAAGGGUCAGGUUGUAGCCAUGAAGAUCGGAAAUGCCAGAAUUAAAGAGGAAGUCUUGGCAGAAAAAAUCGCAACGCUAUCCCCUAAACAACAAGAGGCUGUGCGUCACUGCAUUGCGGCAGCGAAGAGAAAAGGCACCAAAGGCAUGCGUUUUACUAGCGAGUGGAUGCUAGAAUGCAUAUUAAUGAAAAUGAAAAGCCCAAAGCUUUACAGGCACCUCAGAAUCAACAACAUUCUUGUCCUUCCCAGCAACACCACCAUAAAGAAAUACACAAGUGCUUACAAAGGGGGAUUUGGCUUCAACAAGAAAAUGCUAGAAGCGAUGAAAGAAAAGACAAGCACAAUGGACAAUUUCAGAUGCCACGGGGGUCUCUUGUUUGACGAGAUGAAGCUGUCGGAACACCUUUCUGUUGAACAAUCCGGGAAACUGCGAGGCUUCGUAGACUUGGGUCCCUUUACACCGCCCCAAGAUGCCAACCUGCCCUGUGACCACGGCAUGGUUGUUAAGUUCGUGCCCUUUACCGGAGAAUUCUCGCAAAUCAUAGGGGCGUUUGCGACGCACGGAAAUGUUAAGGGUAGCCUCCUCUGCAAAAUACUCAUCGAAGCCAUAAUUCUUGUGAAGGCAGGACUCUUUGUGGAUUUCGUGACGUGCGAUGUAGCCUCGUGGAACCGUCGAAUGUGGACAAUAAUGGGCAUUCAAGGAACUGCGAAUAAUGUCACGUGCAAGGUGAAGCAUCCUGCCGAUUCAAAAAGAAGCCUACAUUUUUUGUCGGACUUCCCACACCUCCUGAAAUGCCUCCGCAACUCAUUGCUGAAAGGCGGCUUCAACACACCAGACGGGCGGAAUGAUCAAUCAGCUGAUCAAAGUGACGACGUCCCGCUUGAAGGCUGA